AUGGGGCUGGUUCAACUGCACAUGAAGCUGACGGCUGGGACUGGGCGAGAAGAUGAUGAGGCUGGUUCUUGGCGGGACGAUGAUGAGGCGGCUGGGCCUGGGCGGGAAAACGACGAGGCUGGUUCUGGGCGUUACGAUGAUGAGGCGGCUGGGACUGGACGAGAAGACGAUGAGGCGGCUGGGACUGGGCGAGAAGACGACGAGGCUGGUUCUAUGCGGGACGAUGAUGAGGCGGCUGGGAAUGGACGAGAAGACGAUGAGGCGGCUGGGACUGGACGAGAAGAUGAUGAGGCUGGUUCUGGGCGGGACGAUGAUGAGACGGCUGGGCCUGGGCGGGAAGACGAUGAGGCUGGGCGGGUUGUUAAGGAGGCUUGGCGGGAAGAUGAUGUGCGAGAAGCUGGUCUUUUAACCAACGACUCAUGGACUAUCGGAACGAAAUGGUUCGGUGUCCAUGUCCCUGCUCUCGGAGCAUUCAUACUUGACCACAGCACGCGAAUUGGUGUUGCUGAGUAG